AUUUUGAAAUCGAUUUAAUUGAUUCAUCGAUUAAACCACAACAACAACAGAAUAGAAAUUUUGAAAAUGAACGUUUCGAACAACAGAAUCUAAUGAUUGAUUCUAUUUCGGCUAAAAAUGGCCAACAAAUGUCAAAUAAUCAACAAAAAAAUAAUCGCCGUGGUCAACCACAACGUUUUAAAGCGGCGGUUCUCACACGUUAUUCAAUGGAAUAUCGGCCGAUUGAUUCCAAUCUAUUGGCUGAACAUCAUCAUCAUGAAAUUGAAGGUGAUGAUUUAAAUGCUGGUGAUGAACGAAUCAUUGAAGUAUUGCCACAAAGUCGUCCAUUACAAAUUCAUUUUAAAUCACCAUCAAAUCGAAUAAAAGUUGUACAAUCAUCGAUCAAUGAUAAUGGAAAACAAGAAGAAAAUAUCCACCAGGAACCAGAAAUAGAACGAACAGAAGAAGAACCACGUCUUUAUUAUCAACAGAUACGUAAACCAAUUCUGCAACAAGUACAUGAAAUAAUUAUGCCAUAUCGUAAAGUAAUACAGGAAGUGAAACCGGUAGUGGAACAAGUUCACACGGUAGUCACAUCAUCUCGAUCUCCACAACCAUUUACUGUACAAUCUAAGUUUCGUAAAUCCAAUUCAAUCAAUCAAUCAACCACAACAGCAACGGCAACAGAAUUGAAUAAAUUUAAUCGUUCACCAAUUUCACGAUUCAAACAAAUUCAACAGCAACAAAAACAACAACAUCCAAAUCAAAAGGAACAAUUUCAAUCAUCAACAAUCAAUGAAGAUUCACCAACAGUAACACUAAGUCCAUUAUUGAUUGGUGUUGAACAAAUGGUUGAACCAAAUGUUGGUGGUGAUAAUGGUAAUGGCCAACAACAGCAACAACAUUUAACACAAAAACCAAUGUUGUCCACUACAACGUCCACAUUGAUCCAUAAUAAUGAUAAUCAACAACAACGACAAUUGAUGAAAGAAUUGCUUCUUAAAAUUCUACCACAACCUCAUCAUUAUGGAUCAUCGUCAGUAUUACCAUUAUCUCAAUCAUCAUUGAUCGAUGGUAGUGUCAGUGGUGGUGGUGGUCAUUAUGGAUCAUCAUCACGGCCAUCUCUUUUAUCAUCAUCAAUGAAUGUUGGUGGUACAAAAUCCGUUAUUUAG